AUGGCGGUAUCAUGGAAUGAAGCUGUAUAUGCUGCCCGGAGAAAGCAUGAUGAGGAAGAUACCACCAGAAGUAGUAUUUUUACAUACACUAACAGCAACAACACACGGGGUCCCUUUGAAGGUCCAAAUUACCACAUUGCACCUCGAUGGGUUUACAACAUCACUACCCUCUGGAUGAUAUUCGUUGUAGCGGCCUCUGUUUUUACAAAUGGUCUGGUCUUGGUAGCUACAUUCAAAUUUAAAAAGCUUCGCCACCCCUUGAACUGGAUCUUGGUCAACUUAGCUAUUGCUGACCUUGGGGAGACAGUUAUUGCCAGCACCAUUAGUGUCUUCAACCAGAUUUUUGGUUACUUCGUCCUUGGUCAUCCAUUAUGCGUAAUUGAAGGCUAUACUGUUUCAGUUUGUGGAAUCACUGGUCUCUGGUCCUUAACUGUAAUUGCCUGGGAACGAUGGUUUGUGGUCUGCAAACCCUUUGGAAACAUUAAAUUUGAUGGAAAAUUGGCUGCUGGUGGCAUCAUCUUCUCCUGGACUUGGGCAGCUUGCUGGUGUGCACCACCAAUAUUUGGCUGGAGUAGGUACUGGCCCCAUGGCUUGAAGACCUCUUGUGGUCCAGAUGUGUUCAGUGGCAGCACUGACCCAGGAGUCCAGUCUUAUAUGUUGGUGCUCAUGACCACUUGUUGCAUUCUUCCACUGUCUAUUAUCAUCCUCUGUUACAUAGCUGUAUGGUUGGCUAUUCGUAAGGUUGCACAGCAGCAGAAGGAGUCAGAAUCCACUCAAAAAGCUGAGCGUGAGGUUUCCAGGAUGGUGGUUGUCAUGAUCCUUGCUUAUUGCCUUUGCUGGGGACCAUAUACAAUUUUUGCUUGUUUUGCUGCUGCCAGUCCCGGCUACAGUUUUCAUCCUUUGGCUGCCUCCUUGCCUGCCUUUUUUGCUAAGAGUGCCACCAUUUACAACCCAGUUAUCUAUGUUUUCAUGAACAGACAGUUCCGGAACAGUAUCUAUCAACUAUUUGGCAAAAAGGUUGAUGAUGGCUCAGAAAUGUCAAGCACAUCUAGAACAGAAGUCUCAUCAGUUUCUAACUCUUCUGUGUCACCUGCAUAA